UUAGGGCCGCCUCAGAGUUGGAGAAUCCUCUCUGGAUCUUGCCUCUUCAGGGAUUACUCUGAAUGAGUUUGCUAUAAACAGCGCAGCUUACAUAAGAGCCAGUAAUUCACUUUGUUCAGCACCAAGGAAGCUUGGAUUGUGUGCAGAACUGGUUAUUUUUGUUGUUUUUCCCUCGUGUCAGUGCGGCUUUUGCGCAGGAAAACUCAUAUUGUGGUGCUCAUCAUGUCAGUGGUUGGUAUCGACGUGGGUUUCCAGAACUGUUACAUCGCUGUGGCCAGGAGCGGUGGCAUUGAAACGGUGGCCAAUGAAUACAGUGACAGAUGCACACCGGCUUGUGUGUCUUUGGCCUCCAAGAAUCGGAUGAUUGGAAAUGCAGCCAAGAGUCAGGUCAUAACAAACUUUAAAAAUACAGUCCAUGGCUUCAAAAAGUUUCAUGGCAGAGCGUUCGAUGAUCCGUUUGUCCAAUCAGAGAAAAGCAAACUGCCUUACAGCCUGCAUAAGCUGGCCAACGGAAGCACUGGAAUUAAGGUGCGCUACCUAGACGAGGAGAAAGUGUUCACGGUGGAGCAGAUCAGUGGGAUGCUGCUUACUAAGCUGAAGGAGACGUCGGAGAGUGCGCUGAAGAAGCCGGUGGUGGACUGCGUGGUCUCUGUCCCUAGUUAUUUCACAGAUGCGGAGAGACGGUCAGUCCUGGAUGCAACUCAGAUUGCAGGGUUGAACUGUUUGAGGCUGAUCAACGACACCACAGCAGUGGCAUUGGCUUAUGGGAUCUACAAACAAGAUCUCCCUGGUCCUGAAGAGAAGCCCAGGAAUGUGGUGUUUGUGGACAUGGGACAUUCAUCGUUCCAGGUCUCCAUCACAGCUUUCAACAAGGGGAAACUCAAGGUCCUUGCCACGGCAUUUGACCCGUACCUCGGGGGGCGAAAUUUUGACGAAGCCUUGGUGGAUUACUUCUGCGAGGAGUUUAAGACAAAGUACAAGCUGAACGUGAAGGACAACCCGAGGGCUUUGCUGCGGCUGCACCAAGAAUGCGAGAAGCUGAAAAAGCUAAUGAGUGCCAACUCCUCUGACUUGCCUCUAAACAUAGAGUGCUUCAUGAAUGACAUUGAUGUUUCCAGCAGGAUGAACAGGACUCAUUUUGAAGAGAUGUGUGCUCAGUAUCUGAUGAGAGUGGAGACGCCACUGAAAACAGCCUUUGAACAAUCAAAGUUAAAUCGGGACGACAUCUAUGCAGUGGAGCUUGUUGGAGGAGCCACGAGAAUCCCGUCCAUCAAAGAGAGAAUCACCAAAUUUUUCUCCAAAGACAUCAGCACCACCCUCAAUGCUGACGAAGCUGUUGCCAGAGGAUGUGCCCUUCAGUGUGCAAUUUUGUCUCCAGCAUUUAAGGUUCGGGAAUUCUCAAUCACAGAUGUGGUUCCUUUUCCAAUCACGCUCCGGUGGAAAUCACCCUCAGAAGAUGGACUGGGAGAGUGUGAGGUUUUCAGUAAGAAUCACCCUGCUCCUUUUUCCAAAGUGAUCACUUUUCACAAGAAGGAACCUUUUGAUCUGGAAGCGUUCUACAGCAGUCCUCAGGAACUUCCCUACCCGGACCACAGGAUAGGCUGCUUUUCAGUGCAGAACGUGGUUCCUCAGCCGGACGGAGACAGCUCUAAGGUAAAGGUCAAGGUGCGUGUCAACAUUCACGGCAUCCUCAGUGUGUCCAGUGCGUCACUGAUCGAGAAGCUGAAAGGGGAAGCAGAAGACAUGCAGAUUGAAUCUGAGCCGCCGGCACAGAAUGAAGGAAGAGCAGAGGAGCAGAACAAAAUGCAGGUGGAGCAGGAGGGUCAAAGCCAGGGAGAUCAACUGAAUGAGGAAAGCAGCUCCUGUAGUAAGGAAGGGGCAGCUGGAGAAAAGCAGGACCCAACAGCUGGAGGCAGCAAGCCAAAAGUCAAGGUGAAGAGUAUUGAUCUUCCCGUUGUGGUCAACAACAUACGGCAGCUGGAUGGAGAUGUUCUUGCUAACUUUGUGGAGUAUGAGCGUCAGAUGAUUUGCCAGGACAAACUAGUGAAGGAGCUGAACGAUGCUAAAAAUGCAGUGGAAGAAUAUGUCUAUGAUCUGCGAGAAAAGAUCUGUGGGAUUUAUCAAAAGUACAUUAGUGAGGAGGAUGGUAACCGAUUGACGUUGAUGCUGGAGGACACUGAGAACUGGCUGUAUGAGGAGGGAGAAGACCAGCCAAAACAUGUCUAUGAGGAGAAGUUGGGCGCUCUCAAGAGAUUUGGUGAGCCCAUACAGGAGCGGCACAGAGAGAGCGAAGAAAGGCCGAGAGCUUUUGAAGAACUGGGGAAGAAACUGCAGCUAUACAUGAAGUUUCUGGAUUCUUACAAACAAAAAGAUGAACGUUUCUCACAUUUAAGUCCAGAGGAUGUAAAUGCUGUGGAGAAGUGUGUGCAUGAAAGCAUGGGCUGGAUGAACAACAAAAUUAAUGCACAAAGCAAAGCUGCAAUAACUCAAGACCCAGUGGUUAAAGUAGCAGAAAUAAUUGCAAAAAUCCAGGAACUGGACGACGUUUGUGGUUCAGUUGCCAACAGACCAAAGCCAGCUGUCGAGGAGGCGGCAGACGUUAGCGAUCCGAACAACGGAGCUAACAACGGUCCCGCAAGCAGACAGGAAGCAGACGGGAAGGGAAACCAGCACCCAAAGCCAGGAGCUAAACAGAUGGAGGUAGACUGAGGACCAGACUGACAAUCAUCACGGCGUUUUCCAUUACGCUCCUCCUAGGAAGUAGAAACACAAAAGCUGGGCUCACGUCUCAGUCGUCACCAGCCUCCUCCGUGGAUUGUUAUCGUGUCAUCUCCCAGUGGACUUCAAGCCUUCAAAUCCGUUCAUUCCCAUGUGUGACAGUGCUGUGCUUUACUCUCUCACAUCUUCCACAUGCAAAGAAAAAAGUUCUGUAACUGGUUUAACUCAGAUUAUACCAGAAAGAUCAAUCCAGUAUCACCUGUAAUCCCAAAGACCAGUAAGAAUAUUCAGUACUGUUCAAGCAACUGUUAAUGCAGAACGACUAGUUCACGUGCGAGAAUACAAAUCCUGUAUAUGUAUCCGUUUCUAAUGGGUUGAAGUGAUGCUUAUGUCUAGAAAUUGUAAAUAUGAUUUUAGUAAAUAAAUCAGACUGCAUAUAUAUGUACACUGAGGUGU